AUGGUUAACUCUUUCAGUGCCUGAGACAUUUACAUGUGCAGAAACUGGUUUAUCAGAGAGAGAUCACUCAGUCUUGGGACACAGUGCCUGCUGGAGUUAUUGGAAUUGUCUUUAGCUACACCGCAAGACCAUCGCCACACCAGCUCCGUGACCUUAAAAAGCCUGCAUCCUGAAGAGACCAGACAGGGCAGAUCUGUGACCAUGGACGGUCCACACAAGUUCCAGUUUGCCAUAGAUCGAGGUGGUACGUUCACAGAUGUCUUCGCUCGGUGCCCUGGGGGGAAAGUUCGUAUAAUGAAGUUGCUGUCCGAGGAUCCGGCAAACUAUAAAGAUGCCCCUACAGAGGGUAUACGUCGGAUCUUGGAGGAGGAAACCAAGCUUGCCUUCCCACGUGAUUGCCCACUCAAUACCAACCACAUAGAAUGGAUAAGGAUGGGAACCACUGUAGCUACCAAUGCCUUAUUGGAGAGGAAAGGGGAACGUAUUGCACUGCUCAUUACCCGUGGCUUUCGGGACCUUCUCCAUAUCGGGAACCAGUCUCGACCAAAGAUCUUUGACCUGGAAAUCCAAAUGCCCGACGUUCUCUAUGAGGAGGUUAUUGAGGUACAGGAACGAGUUGUCCUGCAGCGUGAAGACUGUGGUCUCCCCAAGGACCCAUGCAUAAAAUCAUUUGUAGGUUCCACAGGAGAUUCAUUGGAAGUUUGGGAACCGGUCAACCUGGAGCAGUUGAAGGUCGAGCUGUUGGGUGUGCUGUCCCGUGGGAUACGGAGCCUGGCUGUCGUCCUCAUGCAUUCUUACACGUGGUCGGAACAUGAGCGUCAGAUAGGAGAGCUGGCCCGUUCUUUGGGAUUUACCCAUGUGUCGCUGUCUUCAGAGGUGAUGCCAAUGAUUCGCAUGGUCCCCCGUGGGUAUACAGCCUGUGCUGAUGCAUAUCUCACCCCCUGCAUACAAAGAUAUCUGGAUGGGUUCAGCAAUGGAUUUCAAAAUCGGCUAAAGGAUUUGCAAGUGCUCUUCAUGCAAUCAGAUGGGGGGCUGACACCAAUGCACAGCUUCAGUGGGUCUCGCGCUAUCCUCUCGGGUCCAGCAGGGGGCGUUGUUGGUUACGCUAUCACCACCUAUAAUCAUGAUCACCCACAGCCUGUCAUUGGUUUUGAUAUGGGAGGAACGUCCACAGACGUCAGCAGAUAUGCCGGAGAAUAUGAACAUGUGUUUGAAGCCAUAACAGCUGGAAUCAGUAUCCAAGCCCCACAGCUGGAUGUGAACACGGUGGCUGCAGGAGGAGGCUCCAUGCUCUUCUUCAGAUCAGGAUUGUUUGUGGUUGGCCCUGAAUCAGCAGGUGCUCACCCUGGCCCAGCUUGUUACAGAAAAGGAGGCCCUUUAACCGUCACUGAUGCCAAUCUGUGCCUAGGCCGACUCCUUCCAGAUUACUUUCCCAGAAUCUUCGGCCCUUCAGAGGACCAGCCGCUUUCUAAAGAUGACACGUUGCGUAUGUUUCAGGAACUCACGGCUGAAAUUAACCUCUUCCAGUCUGAAAGGAUGGGUACAGGAGAGUCUCUGACCGUAGAGGAAGUGGCUAUGGGUUUUAUUAGAGUAGCCAAUGAAGCCAUGUGUCGGCCAAUCAGGUCGCUCACCCAGGCCAGAGGUCAUGACACAUCCCGCCAUGUGUUGUCCUGCUUUGGGGGUGCUGGGGGUCAGCACGCAUGUGCCAUUGCUCGUUCGCUAGGGAUGAAAUCCGUGUUUAUCCACAAGUAUGGAGGCAUCCUCUCAGCAUUUGGCAUGGCUCUUGCCGAUGUUGUACAUGAGGCACAGGAACCUUGUUCCAUGGUGUAUAACGCAAAUUCCUACCGCUACCUGGAGGAGCACAUUGCUGCACUCGAGAAACAGUGUAUUGAGGAACUACAAAAGCAAGGAUUUCACAGGUCUCAGAUUGACUCGGAGCCGUUCUUACAUCUGCGAUAUGAGGGUACAGACUGUUCCCUCAUGUGCUCCUCCAAGGGAUACCCUGCAACUGCCGAUUCAUGUCGAGUCGGUGAUUUCAGAAAGGCCUUCUGCUCCAGAUACAUGACAGAGUUUGGCUUCACGAUUCCAUCUCGUAACAUUGUAGUGGACGACAUCCGUGUCCGGGGAACUGGUAGCACUGGUAUCCGCUGUGAGAGCUGUAUCAAGCCUAGCGGACAGCCUGCCCGCGUGGAGACCGUCACUAAAUGUUACUUUGAAGAUGGGUAUAAGGACACCUCAGUGUAUCUCCUGCAAGAACUGGCAUGUGAUCACACCAUUCAAGGGCCGGCCAUCAUAAUUGACAAAAACAGCACCAUCCUUGUUGAACCCAAUUGCACAGCCACUGUUACAGAAUAUGGAGAUAUUCAGAUCUCAGUAGGAAGUGAGCAUCAGCGACCAAUUGGGACAGAGCUUGACACGAUACAGCUGUCCAUCUUCUCCCAUCGCUUCAUGAGCAUUGCAGAACAAAUGGGUCGUAUCUUACAAAGGACAGCCAUAUCCACCAAUAUCAAGGAGCGCUUGGAUUUUUCAUGUGCUCUUUUUGGCCCUGAUGGAGGUCUGGUGUCUAAUGCCCCCCAUAUACCCGUCCACUUGGGUGCAAUGCAAGAAGCUGUCCAGUUCCAGCUUCGAAAUCUUCAGGAUGACCUGAAAGAAGGAGAUGUCCUCCUGAGCAACCACCCAUGUGCUGGAGGAAGUCACCUUCCUGACCUCACAGUCAUUACCCCGGUGUUUCGUGUUGAAGUCCCUCGUCCUGUUUUCUUUGUUGCUUCUCGCGGGCACCACGCUGAUAUUGGUGGUGUAACACCAGGUUCCAUGCCGCCACACUCUAAAUCCCUGCAGGAAGAGGGAGCUGUUUUCACAUCCUUUAAACUGGUGCGAGGCGGUGAAUUUCAGGAGGAAGCUGUCACAGAGGCCUUGAUGGCUCCAGGUCUUAUCCCAGGGAGCAGUGGAACCCGUAGUCUACAUGACAAUAUAUCGGACCUUCGAGCACAAGUGGCAGCCAAUCAGAAGGGCAUCCAGCUAGUUAAUGAAUUGAUUGAUGUGUAUGGGCUGCAGGUAGUACAGGCUUACAUGAGUCAUAUUCAGGCCAAUGCAGAGGUAGCUGUGAGAGACAUGUUGAAGGACUUUGCAGACCGAUGGGAACGUCAGACAGGUGUGCUGGAGGUGGAGUCAGUCGAUCACAUGGACGAUGGCUCGCCAAUCAAACUAAGAGUACAAAUUAAUAAGGAGGAGGGCAGGGCUAUAUUUGACUUCAGUGGAUCUGGCCAUGAGGUUUUCGGGAACUGCAAUGCCCCUCGUGCCAUCACUUUCUCUGCUCUUAUUUACUGUUUGCGUUGCAUGGUUGGUCAGGAUAUUCCGCUAAAUCAGGGGUGCCUUGUACCUAUUCAUGUCGUCAUUCCCAAAGGAUCCAUACUGGACCCAUCUCCAGAUGCUGCUGUUGUGGGGGGAAAUGUUCUUACGUCACAAAGGAUCGUUGAUGUGAUCUUUAAAGCUUUUGGGGUCUGUGCUGCAUCACAAGGCUGUAUGAACAAUAUCACCUUCGGGAAUCAGAGAACCAGUUACUAUGAAACUGUAGCAGGGGGAGCAGGUGCAGGACCCCACUGGAAUGGAAGGAGUGGCAUCCACACCCACAUGACGAACACCCGCAUCACGGAUCCUGAGAUCCUUGAGAAGCGAUACGGUGUGGUUCUGAAGCGAUUUGAGCUGUCACCUGGAUCAGGUGGUCUUGGUCAAUUCCGUGGUGGGGAUGGAGUUAUCCGGGAGCUGCUCUUUAGGAAUGAUUUUAUUCUGUCGGUGUUGACAGAACGUAGAGUGUUCAAACCCUACGGACUCCAAGGGGGGUCUCCUGGAGCUCCAGGGCUAAAUCUUCUGCGCCGCAGAGACGGGAGAACGAUUAACCUAGGAGGGAAGACAUCAGUGCCUGUAAAGCCUGGGGAUGUGUUCACUCUUCACACCCCAGCUGGAGGUGGUUAUGGUGACAACAAAGAGAUCGAAGAAGCUCACUUAGUUUCCAAGAUCCAGAGUCACAGCUUUGUAGAACGAGGAAGCGUGUUUGAGUACCGAUUGGCUCAGGAAACCGUGUAAAAACAGAAGGAAUGAUUCUAGAAACCAGGCAUGUCCAUCCAAGAAGAUGCUGAAAUACUGAACAAGAUGGACUCGUGAAGGCUACUGACCAUUUUGACUUAUCUGCAUGAAGGUGCUGAUGAACAUUAUAGUACUUAAGAUUACCAAAACAAGUCAUCCGAUUUGUGACUGAGCGGUGGAGUUUAUUAUGUAGUUUCCAUGAUAAAACGUUAACUGGAUCACAUGAAUAAUAUCACUGUGUAAAUACCAUCCAAGUGUCCCUAUUUAAGAGAGAAAGUCUUUAAUUUGGGCCCAAACCCUCUCUCCCUCUUUCACUAUCCUAGUGUCUCUCUUUUCUUUGAGCGCCAUAUUGUUGGUGUAUCCAAGUUUAAAACCACAAGAAAACUCACAAUAAUGUGUGUCUAAACUACAAUAAAUGAGUUUAUAAAUCA